AAAAGUCUAUAAUAUUUGUUGUAAACUUUGUAUACCCUUUCGGCCACCGUAGUUCUAGCUGAGCAGUUCCUGUUAUGGCUGUCAUGGAAAGCGUUUACCAGAGGAUUUUGUAAUAACUUGGCUUAUUCUAGGACAUAAUUUGUACGAAAUGGCAGCGGUUUUCCUGGUGACCUUGUAUGAGUACUCGCCACUGUUUUAUAUUAGUGUGGUUUCUUUGUGUUUCGUUGUUACCGCCGCCAUGGUGCUCGGCUGGUUCGGCUUUGACGUCCCAGUGAUCCUUCGCAGCUCUGAUGAGACGGAGUCCAGCCUACCAACACCUGAGAAGCGCAUGGUCCAGGUGACCAACCCCUUCGCCCUGGAGGUGUGCUGCGGGCCGGCAUCUGUCACCGACGGUGUGUCGGUGAGGCCUUGCUGUCUGGAGCCCUGUGUCCUGAGCUGUUUCUGGGGCUGUGAGGUCAGAGCCCUGCAGGGAGGGCUGCGGGCCCACCAGCACGGCCUGAGGCUCAGCGCCCCCCAACAUUUCCAGGAGGCCCUGCACCUUCGCUCCCACCACUGCCAGAGCUUCCACAUCGGCAGUGAAGACAGAGAGGAACGACACACACAGAUUCCUGCUGACCGGGGCAUCGUGGAUUUUGGGCCGUUGCCACGGGAACGCUACCCUCUUGUGGCUGUGCUGACGCUGGCAGAGCCCGAAGCCAGAGAGGCGUACAACAUCGUGGCCAGUGUGACAGUUAUUCAUGUUCCUGAUGACAAAUACAGCCUUUCUGCACGGGUUCUCUUUCAGUACCUUCUCACCUCACAGGGGAACAUGUACGACUUAAAGCCUCUCUUCAUGUCAGCUGACGGUGGGGGGGCGUCUGGGACUCCCGACACAGAGCAGAGCACCCAACCCAGCGAACCCAGCGACGAGGCCAGCAGAGCGCAGCAGAGUCCAGUGCUGGAGGAGGAGGAGGACUGGUCAGAGGGGAGGGGCAGAGACUGUGUGGUCUGUCAGAACGCAGCAGUGAACAGGGUGCUGCUGCCCUGCAGACACGCCUGUGUGUGUGACAACUGUGUGUCACACUUCCAGCACUGCCCCAUCUGCAGGGCCUUCGUCCUGGAGUCCUUCACCCUGACACAGGGACCGGCUGCAGAACAAUGACUCUGUAUUGACCCGCUGACGGUUAUUUAACAGAUCGUAUGCAUGAAGACAGUCCUCGUUGCAAAAUAAUCCCUGACGCCAAAUCUUGAUGGUGAAAUGAUUUUACAUCAAGCUUCCAUGGAUAGAAAAGUUGAGCUGGACUGGAGCGAUGUGGUCUCUUUAACAUCAGCUGGUUCCAACAAUACAAACUAAUCCAUUAGACCGCCUCCAGCAUUUACCACUGACCCAAACAUCUCCAGACCAAAAAGACCAAACCUGAGAAGAGUUCGUGUUUUUCUGUUAGGAAGGAAUGCCAUCUCUUUGACAGCAGGUGGCACCAUGAAUGAGCUGCAGGGAGUAAUGUGACACUGUCUGUUAAGCUGUGGUAACGUUUUACAGUCUGUGGUUGUUACCCAGUUCCAUUCUGUAUACUCACUAUCUGUAUGCAGUACUACAGAGCCACAGCCUGGCCCUAUAUGGCACGUGCUAUAUACUGAUAUUAAUAGUAUACGAGAAAUCGACAUACUUAAGAAAUACUGCGAGCAUGACAGGAGCUGCUCUCGUGUGUGAGGAGGUGAGCUUUCAGCACUUACCGUGUCUGGACAGCUUCUUUCGGGCCGCACCACUGUUGCUUUCAGACUCAUCGCAGAUCAGCAGGGACCUGGGAGCUCCAGUUCCUGCGUCCACUCAGAAACGUGUACCUUGUAAUGUAUUCUGCUUACAGUCCAGCUGAACUGUUGGGUGGAAGCUUGUGAAACAUGAAAUAUAAGUGAUGGUUUUAGUAGAUCGGUUCAUGACAGCUUUUGUAUAUUACCGAACAGUGAGCAGCUUUAUCACUUUCACUGAUUUAAACCUCAGCUGCUCAGUUUGAGAUCACGGAGGAAGAAAAGUUUUCAUGUUUGUAAAGGAUGUUGAAGACUUCAUGUACAGAUCAUUUGUUUUUAGAAUAUGAUGGUCUGACCACUUUUACAGGACUAGCGCAGUAUUUAUUAACCCCAGCCAAUCGAGCUGUAAUCUGACUUUACUGCAGGGAAGGAUUAAAAAGACUGACGUGUGAGUGCAGACAAAUAUGACGAAGGAAAACAUUAAAGCCAGCCCCGGUCAAAGCUCAUCAGAUGGCCAGCUGUGAUGUCAGCUGCAGGUCGGUGCUGCUGUUCUCUCCACAGACACGUUUGUUAGCCUGUCCCAUUAAAGCUCCUGUCUGCAGUGGACCCGUGGACGGACAGACGGCUGUCUCUGGAUCACUGAGAGACUGAAGGAGACUUAGAAACAGCAGGAUUCUCAGGCAGGUUCUGCAGCCGCUGUUUUAAAGCUUUCAAAGUGGCUUUAGGGUAAUUUAUUCAUGAUGAAUACAUCAUGCGCUACAUUCAAAGUUCCACCUUACUGUUUUUUUUCCAGAGCUUUCAACCGCUCACAGUUUUCAUUACAGGAUGGAGUAAGCUGUCGUUGAAAUGGCUCAGUGGUCAGCUGUUGAAUACCAUGGACAAAGCUAGUAAGGGGAACUUUGAGUCAGUUUGGGGGGGUUUUUUGGUCAAAUGACUAUUUCCAAGGUCAGGAACAAACUUUCACGUUCAAAAUGUCAUGUGUUUAACACAUUUUGUCCAUCACGCGCACUUGAAGGCAAAGAGAGAAAUAAUGAAUGGUCAGAAAUUGAAAGACACAGAGCACUUGAGAUAUAAUGGUAUAUUUCAGUACAUCAAGUUAUUUUGUAAGUGUUUCUACAAGUGUUUGGUGGGAUGAUCAGCCUGUGAUCCAGUGUAAACACUGAGGCGGGUCAGACUAACAAGUGGAAACAGGACUUCCUGUCACUUUGCUGGCAACUGGGAGGAAAAUUGACUUUGUUGCUUCCCACAAACAAACUUUUUUUCUGGCCUUCUGGCAAAGAACACAUGAAAACGCAAUGAAAAAUAUCAGAAAAGGACUAUGACACAGGGUUUAUACAGGCUUGUAGUCCAGCUUGGACUCCAGCUUCUUUGAAUCAGCCACCUUCCGCACGGCUUUCAUGAAGUCUUCCUGAGUGACGUACUCACGGUCAGAGCGGAUGGCAAAUAAACCUGCAAACAAACACAAGUCCCCGUGAGUAGAGCUGUUGGUGGAGGACAUGAGACUCAUGAUGAUGCUGAAUGACAGCUUAGUGUCCAACCUGCUUCAGUGCACACGUUUCUCAGAUCGGCUCCGUUGAAACCGUCCGACAGCUUCACGAUGGCUUCGUAAUCUGCAAACAACCACAGGAAACGUACGGCUUACGGGAUCGCCCUCUGUGUUAACAGGACCUUCGUCUAACCUUCUCACUGUUUGUUGCUCAUGUCGUCUGUUUUAGUCUGGUGGAACCACUGCAGGACUACAGCCCAGCUUUUCCUAUUUAUUUAUUUGACUAUAAAUGCAUGUAGCUCUUUCUGAAACAAGGAGGUCUCACAGGGUUUCUGGUGUCAGCCAAAUGCCUACAGCUGUACUGUCAGUGUACAACAUUUUGUCAUAGGACAAUACGUUGAUCAGCGUUUCAGUGUUGUGUGAAGCCUGACCGCUCGAGGAAUGUACAGAAGUAAUAAAAACAACAAUAGGGCUGCAGCUAA